GCGUCGCGAGGCACCGCGGUAAAGACGUCCAAUUCUUUCCUCCUCAGCCUGCCACUUUUCUGCGAGACACCGAGGGAGGUGCGGUAAAAAACUGGUCGUUGGCCACGGUCCGAACCAUCUAUGGUGGGCACGAACGAAAUCAAACUUAUCUUGAGUAGUGUGUGAUGGUGUGGGAUUGGCCCCUCUUGGCCCGACGCGGCGCUACUGGCAGGUGAAGGGCCGCCAGCGUCCCAACACAGCGCCACAGACUAAGUCCCGCAUCCCGCUCGCUACCGCCAGUGAGUGUGCUGCCCCACCACACUGUCACCCGGGGAGUGAGUGAGUCAGCGGCCAGCCAGCCAGCAGCGGCACGCCAGGCAGGGACACAAGCAGCGGCAGUAGCCAGCCUCGCCAUGUGAUGCUGAGUUGCUCAUUCAUCAUCUCUUCCGCUCUCAACCAAAGAUCGGCCGUGUACCCACGCCAGCAGACGCCUACCUGAUCCCAUACCAAAGAUUCUGGGACAAUCAUGUUCCAUAGUGACUUAACCAAGUGAUAUUCGAGAAAUGCCAAAAAAGUGUGACGAACUUUUAUAGUGGACUUUACCUUCUUGAAAAAUAUGAACUUUACGUAAGGCAGAGUCCAAGGUGAGCGAGCCCAGACCCACAAUAAGUUAUAGAAAAGUGCGCCAAGGAAGGCGUUGGUGAAGUUGCUGUGCAAGACGCGCCAAGUCGGGAAGUCUCACCCCGAAGACUUUAGUUCCCCGCCUCGACGUUCGAACCACUGCUGCUCGGCCAUCGCACCACGAUUGUCCUCGUCUUUACCAUUAUGGCGAUGGCUGCGAUGUCAACGACGAUGGGACAACAAUACCGCUUCAACUCCUUCAACCCAAUGUCAUCUUUCAACUCCUUCAACUCCCAGCACAUGAAUUGGGCUCCGGAGCCAAUGGCGUGCUCGAAGGUGACGGACAAACUGGUAAACGAGCUUCAGAGAUUUUAACGAACUAAAGCUUAACAAAAAAAAAAAAACAUACAAAAAAACAAUCAACGACUUUCAGUUAAGAAAAUCGCUAACCAUUGACACACACAUCCAAAAAGAAAACUUUACUUGAAAGAAACAUCUGGUGCUAAUUGAGUGCUAAUAUUGACCCUUAGUGCAAUAGUGCGCUGCUGCUCGUCCGGCAAGUGUGCUAUUCCUCUGUACCUUGAUACCCAGUGGUGCUGUGGCAGUGACCCUCGACAAGGUGCAAACUACAGUGUGCCGUUCAGACAACUUCCUAAGUCCGCCAAACGAGCAGUGAGUGUCGAGGUCCAGCACUCGUCAGGCUCGCGCUCGGACAGACAAGUUGUAUAUAUAAAAAAAAAAAAAAAAAAAAAAAGCUUACCAGAAAAAUCCUCCAGGUGUAAAACAAGAGCAACUAAAAAAAAUCGCUAAAAGGCAAAGCAAACAAACCCAAAAGGCACUUAAAACUUGAUAGUUCUCUUCUCCUGUUGUGUGUGUUCAAAAAGCCGUAACCAUCUUCCCCACCGCCACCAUGUACGGAAUGCAAGACUAUGGCCCACCCCCUCCGGAAAUGCAAUAUUUCCCCUUCAAGCGGGAGCAUGAGAUCUUCAUGCACAAGUCUGCCAUGCAGAUGCACAACCGCGAUACUCACCGCACCGAGGUGAAGCCGCACCAGUGUCAGCAGUGCCUGAAGUCCUUCUCCUCUAACCACCAGCUGGUGCAGCACAUUAGAGUGCACACCGGCGAGAAGCCAUACAAGUGCUCCUACUGCGACCGACGCUUCAAGCAACUCUCCCACGUGCAGCAACACACCAGACUCCACACCGGUGAACGGCCUUACAAAUGCCACAUCCCGGACUGCGGACGCGCCUUCAUCCAACUGUCGAACCUUCAGCAGCAUCUUCGCAACCACGACGCCCAGCUAGAAAGGAUGAAGAACCGUCCCUUCCACUGUAACAUCUGCGGAAAGGGAUUCGCCACGGAGAGUUCCCUCAGGACUCAUACAUCUAAGCACGCUGCCCUGGUCGGUGGCCCCAACGCUGUCAAUUGUCCUCAGUGUCAGAAACUGUUCAUGAAUGGCGAGCAGCUGAUGGAGCACAUGAAGUAUACGCAUAGGGACCCAAACGCCUCUGGAGUAGCAGUUUUUCCUUAUACCACAGCCAAGCGUCGCACAGCCUCCCAUUCCUGCCCUGUCUGCGGCAAGCAUUAUGUGAACGAAGGCAGCCUACGAAAGCACUUGGCCUGUCACCCGGAGACCUCGCAAUUUACCUCCUCCCUCAGGAUGUGGCCCUGCUCGGUGUGCCACGCCGUCUUCACGCACGAGUCAGGCCUGCUGAACCACAUGGAGCACAUGCGCAUGGACCCCAAGCAUCAGUUCGCCGCGCAAUACGUUCUCUCACGGGCCGCUGCUGAGCGACGGGAGAGGGAGAGCAUCCUGGGCCUGGCGCAGGUGGGGCUCCAGGGCGGCGGCAAUCACAUGGGCAUGGGCAUGGGUAUGGGGAUGGGCAUGGGUAUGGGAAUGGGCAUGGGCAUGCCACACCAAAUGCAGCACCAUGCCCAGCACCAAACGGCGCCCAUGUCCAUGGCGGCGUCCCCGUCUACUCAAAGUGACGCCUCCUCUAGGAUCUCCACGCCCGCUGAGAAGCUGGAGGGAGGCAUAGGAAGGAUGCCCUCCCCGACAGACGCCCUCCGCUCCAUCACCAGCCACCACGACGUGAUGAACCAAAUGCGCCCGCAGCCCAGCGACAACAUGAGAGCCAUGAUCAGCCAGAGCCAGGCCGAGCUGGUCAAGUCCACCCUUACCUCUCAGGCGGAGACCAUCAGGAACGCGAUGGCCUCCCAGGCCGAGGCCAUCCGCAGCCUGUCCAAUCCUCACGGCCAGCCAGUCCCCCCGCAGCCCAAUCAACAGCCGUCUCCGCAACAGCAGCAGCAGCAGCAACAGCAACAGCAGCAACAGCAGCAGCAACAACAGCAACAACAACAACAACAACAACAACAGCAGCAGAACGCCCACCAAGCCCCGGAGCCCAUGGGGUCCCCUCAGCCUGACAUGCGGGAUAUGCGUGACCCCAGGAUGGGCGUGGGCGGCGGCAUGGAGUCUGCUCUGAGGAGCGCCCAGGCGGAGGCAGCGCUGAGACUGGUGAGUCACGAGGGCCGCCCCUCACCGCAACACCAAGGUGACCUGACUGACUCUAUCCGUCUACAAGAAAUGCGUAUGGAACAAGCAUUGCGGCUACACGGUGACCCUCGCGCCCUGGCAUCCUCCUUGCCCGGCCCCCUGGGAUUCCCCCUCGCCCCUCCUCAACACCAGCCGCAGCAACAGAGCGCCUGAAGUUACCCAAGCCUGCCCCCUGUCUGGGAGCAACAACCGCCGCCACUCGCCCGUGCUAGUCCUCCGGUGAACGUGUUAUGACUUUGUGUGUGUGUGUGUCACAACGCCUCGGUUCCACCUUUGUUCUGUUGUGUUGUCGUAUUUUUAACUGUGAUAAAAUGAAACGGUUUCCCACAGGAACCGCAUAUUAUUUAAAUGGUCACUUCUCUGUGUUAGUUCCUUGAGUUGUUGCUGUUACGGUGUGGCCGAACGUGGAGGCCUUGGCGGCGCGGGAGGAGCAGGGCCUCUGGCUUCCUGCCCGGCCCGCCCUGCCCAGUGCCUCCGCCGUGGCCGUCACGUCCCAGGCGUCCUAAGGCACGCCCUCCCGACAGUUCCUCACAGUUACUUUAAGUGCAAUUUUAGGGACCAGCGGUCUGUGACACUAUACCUACAGAGAGGCUGAGCUGCGUGGCCCCGCGAGUGGCAUCCGGGCGGCAUCCCAGGCUGGGACAGGGGGGUGCCACACACCCGCCCUGGACUCAGUGAGGCAGGCGUUACUGUAUACCAUAAGUUCGUAUAGCUUCCAAGGCUUGAUUUAAUUGCAGUCAUAGUGUACUUGCAAUAAUGAAAAAAAAGUAUCUUUAUAUAUUGUGUCGCAUAAUACUGCACCGUGAUGGGUACUUGUUAAGCUUCGCACAGCCCAAGAUAGAACACUAAACAUUAAAGGUCCUACUGCAAGCAUACAAUCAAACAAGAUCCCGCGAAAAGAUAAAAGUGAACCUGUGGUGUGGUGCUAAGGGUGUGCGGGCGAGACUUUGCUAUGACGCAACCACCGGCGGCAGCGAACCUUUGAUAGCGCGCCGCGAUGCUGGGCGACCCGCUGCCCCUCCGCCCACCACGACCUCUGGCGUCCACCUACUGCGACGGGGGCGACAGCAUAUGCUCUGAACUCCUUAAACCUUAUGAUGAACCACGUUAGGCGAGAGAGACGUCCACUAUCCCUCCACCUCAAGACGCCUGCUGGACCCCACUCGCUCUCACCUCAGCCGAAUGUGUUUUGUCAUUACCUCUUGCUCACGCCACGCAGGUCCUACGUCGAGUGCUAUUGUGGGGCGUCGCGCACCUCCACUGAUAAAGGUUUUAAUUGCUCACUUUCGGAGGAUGAAAUUAACAAAUCUCAAACCUCGGAAAGUAAGUCUGAUGAAGCUUCAGAGUUAAGUAAGUAUCUUGCUUAUGAUGAAAAAUUGAAAUACAAAGACUAAGAAUACCAUCAUUGUUGAAAAUAUGUAUAUUUACUUUAUUUCAAUGGGGGCAUUGAACCCAGAGCGUGUGUAAUUAUUUAAAGGGACAGAUAUGUUUAUACAGUUCCACAUUUUAAGUGUCUAAUUUUUCUGAUUAUGGUUCAUCUGCGCAAUAUUGUAAUAAGUGUACAUUUUCCCAGUCAAGUAGCUUUGAAGGCAGUGUGAAUUGAAGCUCUCUCUCCUCUCUCCCCAUCAAGAUAUUUCCUUGACUAUCCCCACAUUAGAUUUAGAGGACAUAGACUAGCUAGAAUCAUGAUUGUUGUACUCAUAUAGCCCUACUUAACAGAGGUGUACAGAUUCAAUAGUAAGAUUUUUUUAUAGAUCGAAAGGAGACUUGCUUUUCUUCGGAAUUCUGGCCUUCAAAGCUUCCUGAGCCCACCUAGUGACUGUUAACUGUUCCUGCGAUCAGAGUUUACCGUUGAUACUGCUGCUGUUCCCUCACCAAUAGUCCUAGACACAGUUAAUGACUUUAACUGCUGCUACUACUACUACUACUACUACUACUACUUCUGUUUUUAUUAUCAUCACUACUACUUCUACUACUACUGUCAUUUCCACUGCUACUACUAUUACUUUCUACUGACUGCUACUGCUCCUGCUUACUAAUAACUACUACUACUACUACUACUACUACUUCCAUUUCUACUUUUUUAACUACUACUACUACUACUACUACUACUACUACCAUUUCUACUUUUUUUCGCUACUACUACUACUACUACUACUACUACUACUACUACUACUACUACUACUACUACCACUACUUCUACUAUUACUACUACUACUACUACUACUACCACCUUUACUGCUACUAUUAUAACUAGUACUACUUUUACUACAAACUAUUAUUUUCACUAAUACUACUAAUACUACUACUAAUAUAACCUUAUCCUCAACCUCCACCACUUGCACUAUCACCACCACUGCCACCCACCACCACUACUAUUACCACCACAACUACCACCACCACCACCACAACUCCUACCACUACCUUCACAACCACCACUACCUCCCCUACCACUAAACAACGACAACAACAACAAACAUUGCUAGUAUCACGUACUACUGCUGCUACUACUACUACUACUACUACUACUACUACUACUACUACUACUACUACCAUUACCACUAGUGAAAUUUGUCAUCAGUUACAUAGGCACAUAAAUUAUUUCUUUACUAUGUCCUGGUUAUAAAUGCUACGUAGAAAACAAGAACAUUGUGUCAUUUUAUUAGUAUAUUUUGUUACAGCAAUAUUUGAUAUUCAUAUUACGAUGCGUUUACGAUUUAACUCGAUAAAAAUUUGUUAUACGUCUCCCCUCUCUCUCUCUCUCUCUCUCUCUCUCUCUCUCUCUCUCUCUCUCUCUCUCUCUCUCUCUCUCUCUCUCUCUCUCUCUCUCUCUCUCUCUACAAUACCAUAGUCUGUAGAGCAAUAGUACAGUCACAACCUUGAUCUAUCCAUACAAUCUUCAACGUAAUUCUUUUGUUGUUUGUUUUCGUAAUCAAACUCUGCAAAGAUAAGAGUUUCCCUGUAUUUUUUAUCUUUUUUUGCUGCCUUUCGAUGUUCACCCAACGCCUCCCCACCACCACCACCACCAACCACCACCACCACCACUACUACUAUACUACUACUACUACUACUAUUAUCAUUACUACUAUUUACACCAGCGCCAAGCUUCUCUAUCCUCUUCCACAAUUCUCGUAUCUUCUGAUUUCAGUUUCACAUUCUUUAGUGUUUUUUUAUUCUUGUUGUUAUCAUUUAUUCCUCCUCCUCCUCCUCCUCCUCCUCCCCCUCCCCCUCCCCCUCCCCUGCCUCCUCCUCCUCCUCCUCCUCCUCCUCCUCCUCCUCCUCCUCCUCCUCCUCCUCCUCCUCCUCCUCCUUCUCCCCUCCCUAACUUCACCCUUAAUCACCUGUAACGCCUUUAUCCCAAUUCGUUGUUGUGCAAAAUCUUCAAGCAGUUAUUUAUUUAUUUUUUUUCUUUAAGAUUGUUUUGAUUUCAUUUACGACUAAUUUCCGAGUGAUUUUUUAAUGGUAUCGAAUUUUAUUAUUAUUAUUAUUAUUAUUAUUAUUAUUAUUAUUAUUAUUAUUAUUAUUAUUAUUAUUAUUAUUAUCUUUAUUAUUAUUUAGUUUUCGUGUUUGUUGACAUCCUUAUUGGAAUUUUUUAUAUAUAUAUAUAUAUACGUAUAUAGUCGUCCAUUAUUUUCCGUACUGUCUUGUCUGUUACAGUUUAUGUUGUACUGCUGUGAGGAUUCUCUCCCCCGCCCCAUUUCUCCUCAGUAAGCACGAAACAUCAUUGUUUUUACGUAGCAAUCUGUUGAACAUUUCCGCAAUCCGGGCCAGCCAUCCCUUCACUUCUCCCUCUCCUCCCCACGACCUCCUUGCCCUCACUGAUACAACGGUUUUAUCAACAAAGUAAUAUCAAUGCAUAAAAGGCAAAGGUAAACCUCCUGCAGUCCCUUUAAACCCGAGACCCAAGAAAAUAGCAGUUCAAUCAUUCAUUACUCUGAUACGUUCUCAAAGCCAUUCAGUUUGUUAUUCUCAUUUUGUAGUUCGUUGAUUUUUUUUUUUUUUUUCCGGUGCGUGUUGAAUCCGAAUCUUUUGUUUCGAUCCCACUUGAUUCAACAUUUUUUUUUUUUUAGCUCAUAUUGAGGCAAAACGUACGUAAGUAGAGGAGUCGCCGAUGUCAGCGAGCACACAUUACGUAGACAUGCGCUCUCUCUCUCUCUCUCUCUCUCUCUCUCUCUCUCUCUCUCUCUCUCUCUCUCUCUCUCUCUCUCUCUCUCUCUCUCUCUCUCUCUCUCUCUCUCUCUCUCUCUCUCACCAUAAAUACACAGACACAUAAACAUACACACACACACUAGGAAGGAUGACCAACACGUAUUAAGAUAGGCAGCCGGUGACAUUUUCUUGCUUCUUUACAUUUUUUCUUGCCUUGUAUAUUUCCUUCAGCCACCACCACCACCACCACCGCCACCGCCGCACACAACAAGCAUUAACACUAUCCAUCGGUAUCUAACCCCCUUUCUUCAACUACCAUUAUAUUCAGACACCAUUAACUCCACUCUUGCUAUCCUACUCUAAAUCUCAUGACUUCAGCAUCCACUACUACUACUACUACUACUACUACUACUACUACUACUACUACUACUACCACUACCACUACUACUACUACUAUUCCUGCUGCUGCUGCUGCUAUUACUAUUGCUGCUGCUGCUACUGCUGCUACUGCCGCUGCUGCUACCAUUACCCACCACCACUUCCUCUUCCUCCUCCUCUACCACCUCGCUCUUUCGCCACCGCCACCAUCUCCUCCACCCUUGCCACCACCACCACCUCCACCUCUACCACCACCACUUUCACUACUGUCCGCCACCAUCAAGCCUCAUUCGAAGUUCCAUAGUCUGCCGACAUCUCCACCGGUAUCAGGAAUGUUAAACACAAAGGAUAAUACAAGUUCCUAGUAAAUUUCCUAAUUAUUAACCUGUCGUUUGACCAUGAUAGAGUGCGUUAUUUCCUUUAAUUUUUUUUUUUUUUUUUUUUGUUCCAGAGGAAUAGUUCUGAGAUUAGCUUGCAACUAUGGUCACUCUUAAUCUAAAUCGACUUUUCUUCAUUGGUCUCAUAAAGGAAAUAUAGAUUUUUAUACAUAUAAAUUUUCCCUCGGGCCGUCCAUAGGGACUGGGCGUCCAGGUUCCCAGAUAAGUUUAGUUUUCUUACAUCCGUGUCACGAGACCAUCGAUGGGCCUGGUCGCCCGGGGCAGGCAGUACUGGAGAACAUCCGCAGAUCGUGAGCUGUGCAGCUGCAUCGCAACACUCGGCGGAGCCGCGUAGCCAGACCCUCGUGUACUCAGUGCCACCCCCAGUGUCCUCUUGCGUAUAAACGGGAGUUCGUAUGGACGGCUGCUCGGCCCGUCUGCCCCACUAGGGCUGCCGAGGAAUUUAUUCGCCAGUGUCCCUUCCCCGACUCUGAAGCCUGUCAAAUUUUUUUUUCUUUUUUUUAUCUGUCAGUGCACCAGUGCCCAUGGAAUUUGAUUAUAACUGAUUUCGAGUAAUUUUGACUGUCUGUCCCAAGUUCCUCCGUGUGCCAGUCAGUAUCCGUGAACACCGUCUCCGCCAUUCACACUGCCCGGCUCUCGCCAACGACCUUCCUGCUGGCUCCCGUCCUGCCCCUUGCGCUCGGGAACCUUGUCUUUCCUUUCUUCCUUCACCGUCACUCCGCCACGAGCGAAAACCAUAACCCUUAUCCCUCUCAUCAUCAUCAUUACAAGUGGGGCGCCCCAGCUUACCCCGGUGACCUGGCACGCCCCAACCUUCCUCGGACAAUUCUUAAUCCCAACACCCUUACCUUCCCCUGCGGUUUCUCUUCCCAUCUCUCUCCUUCUCACGCCCCGGCUCUGCCCUCUGAUAAUGAAGUGAGGAGAUCGGCUCGCACGGACGAGACACCUCGCUAAGUAUGUGAGCAUAAUAGUGACGGCCAGGGUGGCGUUUGUAGCGGUGUGGCCCUCUGACCCGUGCCUCCUCCAGCCCCCGGGUCGCGGCCCCAGCUGCGGGUCACAGGGCGGACGGGGCGGCCUCAGGGGAUUCGACGUUGUUGCGCCUCCUAUGGGCGGGCGCACACCGUUUGCCUUGCUCAUAUACCUCACGCCGCCGCCACCGCAGCUGGCUCUCCCCUGGGGCCGUGCCCACACCAGUCUUCCACACCGGUACUCUAGAUCCCGCACCACGCCCCCACGGACUGCUGGACUGGAAGCUGGCGUGCCCGCUAGUUCAACCAGUAAUUACAAUGGUGUCCAAAACGACCAGAUACGAGUUUCUUGUACAUUUUAAAAAUGGUGUCUAAAAGACAUAAUAAAUGCACACGUCCCAGCCAUCUUCUUUGUACUAAUGUAUGAAUUAUCAAUAAGUAGUGUUCGAUAGACUGUUGUUGUCAUGUUGUCGUCUUUAUAAAUUAUUAAGGGUCGGGUACUACGUUAGUACUGCUGCAGUGUCAGACUAUGUACAACCUGCGGGACGCUCACCCCCGCAGCCCACCUCGGAGGGAGGACCAACCCCCACCUCAUUUUCUAUGGCCCUGCUGCACUUCUCCCUCCCUCAGUGUGAUUCAGUGUGGCCUUCGUCGCGCGUUACGGUGGCGGUGGCUGCUGAAAGACUCUGAGUUCUGCCAGGUGUGUGCCGCGUGUCAGGGGCCAGGCCGCGCGUGGUCACCCUCUCUGUGCAUGUUCUCCCUGCUGAGGCUUCAAUGGUUUUGUUCCGUUUCUUGUCCUACUAUGUAGUUAACAAAUGUUCAUGUGUUAGAUGUAGUGUGGGGAAAUUAAAUACAUACAUAAAAAUAUUGUCAAACUCUGAACCAAGGCGGUGUUCACUCAUGGUAAAUUCGUGAAGCUGGUUUGAGGAUAACUUGGUUCAAGGGUGAAGCUCUGCCGUGUCAGUUUAGGCAAGCUGGGACGACCGGCGUGUCGUGCGCAGCUCCGCCUUUUCUUGCGCGCCUGCGCCGAGGGGUACCUGCAACUUGCGACACCCUUGCAUAAAAUUAUUAUAAUUAUUGUGGUAAUUUUGUUGAGAAGAGCGAUCUUAAUUAUCUGCUUUGGACUAUAAUUUGUCAUAUAUGUAUACAUACAAGAUAUAUAUAUAUAUAUAUAUAUAUAUAUAUAUAUAUAUAUAUAUAUAUAUAUAUAUAUAUAUAUAUAUAUAUAUAUAUAUAUAUAUAUAUAUAUAUAUAUAUAAAUCAUAAAGCAAAAGUGGUAACUGUGAGAUCCAGGAUGGAAAUGGGUUGGUUGAAUCACAUGUCUAAGAGAAUUAAAGGUGGAUUGCAUCACGAGGGAUUUAUUUUUAUACUAAAAUUGUUUGUUGUAACCUUCCAUAAUUGAAAGUAAUCAUGAUAUUGUACUUGCAAGUGUGAGUACGCUGCAAGGCAUCAGCACAAAUCAUCAUCAGAAGGCCCAUAAAACUUGUUGCCAACAGUCGCCCAUUGGUCCGUGUCCGGCCAACCUUGCCUUGCAUACGAGGACUGGCACAUCACUUUAAUUUGGAACUAUGUGACGUGACGCAUCGAGGCGCUACUAGCGUCCGUCACGGUGUUGGUGGCCGGUGGGUGAGGCGGCGGCCGUGACGAGGAAGUCACCAGUGUGAGCAGCACCACCACCACGCAACACGCCGCCGCUCCCGUCGUGGAAAAGCCGAUGUCCAAUAGCAAAUUACAAGAACGCCCUUCUUAACUUAGAAAUUAUCAUUAUUAUUUUUAUUAUAAUGAUGUUGAUAAUGUACUUUUUAUGUACUUUGCCAAGCUUCCCUAAACGGCGCUCUCUUUACCUAUGUCCGUGGUACUGAAUGUGUAGGUACUGCAGUAACAAUAAACACUUGUCAAACAGGA